UGUAUGACUACCUUCAAGAACAAAAAUUAAAGGCUACUAUGUUCUAUAUUGGAUCCAAUGUGCUUGACUGGCCCUACGGUGCUUUGCGUGGUGCUGUUGACGGUCAUCAUAUUGCUUCUCACACCUGGUCUCACCCUUACAUGACAACCCUGACUAACAAGGAAGUUCUUGCUGAAUUGUACUUCACUCAAAAGGCCAUCAAGCUCGCUACUGGCUUGACUCCUCGUUACUGGCGUCCUCCUUAUGGUGAUGUUGAUGACCGUGUUCGUUGGAUUGCUUCUCAAUUGGGCAUGACUGCCGUUAUCUGGAACUUGGAUACUGACGAUUGGGCUGCCGAUGAUGGUUCUACUCCUGAAGCUGUUGAAAAGACUUAUCAAGAAUUUGUUGAUAUGGGCAGCAACGGCACAUUUGCUACUGGUGGUAACAUUGUUUUGACUCAUGAAAUCGAUAACCUCACUAUGUCUUUGGCCCUUGAAUACUUGCCCAAGAUUCAGUCAAGCUACAAACAAGUCCUUGAUGUUGCUACUUGUGCUAACAUCACUAAUCCUUACUUUGAAAACUACCAAUGGCCCAGUGGCUUGAACAGCACAAUAAACAACACAACCACUACCAAUACAACAACAGAAACGUCAGGUGCCUCUACUCUUGUUGCUGCUACUACUACUUUGGUUACUGAGGCUAGCAAUGCCGCCACCAGCUCUGACUCUUCUGCCACUGCUUUUUCUCAAGUCCAAGCUAUCGCUAAUGGCGCCAGUUUGACUACCCCUAGCAUUGCUUUGGUUUUUGGCAUUCUUGCUUCUAUGAUUUUCUAAGCAUUUUGUAGAUAUAACAUUUUGUAAUUUAUUUAAUAAAGAUAUUAGACUUUAUUUUCUAACAGCA